UUAUCACUAUCACUAAUGGCUAUGACAAGUCCUCUGUCCUACUAUAGUCCUUGUGUUUAAUAUUUACAUUUUUAUAAUUACAGCCCAAAUAUAACAAGUAUGUCGUUUAAAAUAGCGAUACGAAGUUUUAAAACCCUUACUUUUGUUGAAGGAUAUAAGAAACUGAGAGAUCGGCACAUAAAGAUGUACUGUGCAGCUGUGAUUGGUGUUGGUUACAUGGCUUACAAGCAGCACAAAACAAACAAAGUAGAAAUGAAGGAAAUAUUACAAUUAAAGAAUUAUAUGGCAGACCCAAUAACUCCAAUCAGUCACUUGGAAAAAACACAAGAUGAUAUGAAAACACAAAUGGAAUUACUUAUCAUGAGAAUUCAAUCAGAGUUUUGUAAAGCCUUGGAAAAAGAAGAAGAUGAGGCGUGGUGUGAUGAAAAGAGAGAUGAAGACUUAGAUUAUGACAGUGACAUGUUUGUGCCAUACCCGGAAGCCAAGUUUCAAGUAGAUAGAUGGACUCGUAGAGAAGGUGGUGGGGGAAUCACAUGUGUCCUACAGGAUGGAAGGGUGUUCGAAAAGGCUGGUGUAAAUAUAUCUGUGGUGUCUGGAAAACUCCCUCCAGCUGCAGUACAACAAAUGAGAACUAGAGGAAAAAGUUUUGAUGGACCGGAGCUCCCUUUCUUUGCAGCUGGAGUGAGUGCUGUUAUUCAUCCUCGUAACCCAAUGGUCCCCACAAUACACUUUAACUACAGAUACUUUGAAGUACAAGACAAAAACGGUGUACAGUGGUGGUUUGGUGGUGGUACAGAUUUGACACCUUAUUACCUGAAUGAAGAAGAUGCUGUCCACUUUCAUCUUACUUUAAAGCAUGCUUGUGAUGAACAUGAUAAGUCAUAUUAUGCAAGGUUUAAGAAGUGGUGCGAUGACUACUUCACAAUAACGCACCGUGGCGAGCGUCGAGGGGUGGGGGGAAUAUUCUUUGAUGAUGUGGACCAACCCAACCAGCAAAGCGCUUUUGACUUUGUUACCUCUUGUGCUGAGGCAGUCAUUCCCAGUUACAUUCCAUUAGUUCAAAAGCAUAAGGACGAUCCGUAUGGUUAUUACGAGAGGCAAUGGCAGUUACUCCGUAGGGGACGAUACGUCGAAUUCAACCUGAUUUAUGAUCGAGGAACGAAAUUUGGCCUUUUCACUCCUGAAGCGCGAUAUGAAUCCAUAUUGAUGUCAUUACCAUUGAAUGCGAAAUGGGAGUAUAUGCAUGAACCUAAACCAAAUACUCCAGAGCACAGUCUUAUGAAGGUAUUAAAGGAGCCACGAGACUGGCUUAAAAUAGAACAAGCCCGAGCUACUGCUUAAGUAUUGUAUUGUAUGCAUUUCUAGGCAUGCAAUUAUAAACAUUACUUAUUAUUAAAUAAUCCUUUAUCUUUCCAUUGGAUUAAGCUUGUGAAUAUCAGAUUUGUACAGUAUCAGAGAAAAUUAUAUGUAUUAUAUCUAAUAUACAAAAAGAAUAAAGUUUUAUAUUGAUUUUAAUUGA